AAUACAGCAGUGGAACUGCACCGGCUCUGAUGCUUGUGCUGAUUUCAGUGUUAGAAUAAUGUUAACCUGUGUGAGUGUUUCCUCUCCUGUCUGCCUAAUCUGAGUACACCUCAGCAGCCCCUUGAGCAAAGGAAAGUGUGUCUGCUCAUUGGACAGAAACACCCCCAGCUGAAACUGGGACCUGCUUGCACUGGGGUUUAGAGAUGUCUUUUAAUAUUGGGACGAACCAAAGUUCAGAUUGUUAAGAUAUUUUUCUUCCUGUCAAGAGCAUAUCUGACCCUGUUCUCUGCAUUCGCUCCUUUUUUAGGAGGCAGCAAAUCUCUCUUCAAGGGACGCUGCACCUAGUCUUUGACAAUGAAGUUCAACUUGUUCAGAAGGCCACAGGCCGUGGCAGCCGCAGAGCCCACCGGUGCCACCACCGUGACCAUGGGUCCCACCUCGGUUUUCAUCUCCACCUCUGUGCCAGACACCUCUGGCUCCAACAACACAGAGAUCAACAAAAAUGACAUGUUUGAGGAGAUCAAAAGCAAAUUCUUGAAUGAAAUUGAUAAAAUCCCAUUGCCUCCAUGGGCCCUGAUUGCCAUUGCUGUGGUGGCCGCAUUGCUCAUCCUGACCUGCUGUUUCUGCAUAAUCAAAAAAUGCUGCUGCAAGAAGAAGAAGAACAAGAAAGGGAAAAAGGGCAAGGAUGGCUUCAACAUGAAGAACAUGCAAGGCGAGAAACAACAGGAUGACGAUGAUGAUGAGGGAGAGACCGGACUGACGGAGGAGGAGAAAGAAGAGGAGGAAAAAGAACAAGAGAAGCUGGGGAAGCUGCAAUAUUCUAUAGAUUAUGACUUUGAGAAUGCAAAGCUCACAGUUGGCAUCCUUCAAGCUGCGGACCUCAUCUCCAUGGACUCAGGUGGAACCUCCGAUCCUUAUGUUAAAGUCCUGCUCCUACCUGAGAAGAAGAAGAAGUAUGAUACCAAAGUCCACAAGAAAACACUGAACCCUGUCUUCAAUGAGACAUUUGUAUUCAAGGUGCCCUAUGAGGAGCUUGGUGGGAAGACUCUAGUGAUGUCUGUUUAUGACUACGACCGAUUUUCCAAACAUGACGUCAUUGGAGAGGUGAAGAUUCCCAUGAACACCAUUGACCUCGGAAGACCGAUCGAGGAGUGGAAGGAUCUGGAGAGCGCGGAUCAAGAGGAGCCUGAGAAACUCGGAGACAUCUGUAUCUCCCUCCGUUAUGUUCCCACUGCCGGGAAACUCACCGUCUGCAUCCUGGAGGCAAAGAACCUGAAGAAGAUGGAUGCCUGCGGAUUAUCUGAUCCUUAUGUAAAGAUCCAGCUGCUGCAGGGGGGUAAGCGCCUGAAGAAAAAGAAGACUACAGUGAAGAAGAACACCCUAAACCCUUACUAUAACGAGUCAUUCAGCUUUGAAAUCCCGCUGGAACAGAUGCAGAAAAUCUUGGUGGCAGUCACAGUGUUUGAUUAUGACAAGAUUGGUAAGAAUGAUGCCAUCGGGAAGAUCUUCGUGGGCAGUAAGGCAACUGGCCUAGGUCUGAAGCACUGGUCCGACAUGCUGGCUAAUCCGCGCCGCCCCAUUGCCCAGUGGCAUCCAUUGCAGCCAGAGGAGGAUAUUGAUGGUCAGCUGGCAUCCUUGGCUGCAAAGAAGUAACGAACUCCACCAACCAGCUAAUGCACUAACUCAGAAAUCCAGCCCCAACCCCUACUUUGCAUGAAACCUAUGACUUAACACAUGACUACUCGUCAUGAAACCUGCUCAGCAAAAAAGAGACAUAUUAGAAUAUCUGCUCAUUCAUGGUUAAGUCAAAAAAACAACUCUUUUUAAGCAUCACAUUUCACACAUUAGUGUAUGUUGAGAGGAGUGGUGUUGAGUUAUCGGGUGACUGGUACCUGAAUGAUCGACUUUUGGUCUUUCUUUCAUUUGAAGAAACAUAGAAACUGAUUCUAAGGGUGCUGACAUGGAAUGGAAGUCUUGGUGAAAACAAUGCUGGAAAUAAAGCUUUAGUUUAGUUUAUAGAGCAUGCUUUACUUACCUCCCCACUGCUCUGCAUACACCAUGCCCAGUGUUGUAUCUUGUUAAUAAGUGUGCUAUAACUUGCAAUAGAAAGUACUGUAGUAUUGGGUUAUUUCCUGCAUAGUCUGUUUAAGUCUAUUAAUGCAAAAAGAUUUAAUUGUGAAUGAAUGAGGUCAGCACUGACUGCAGCGAUCCAUGCUGCAAUAUAUUUAUAUAGAAAUCUGCAUAAAUGAUCUCUUCAUCUUAUCAGCUUACAUUUGAGAAGGAGAUACAUACCGUACAGUGCAGUAGUAUAUAGUAUGGCAGGGAUGACACAGUUGACUGAUCUAUGUUGCUUGUUUUGUGUUGCCAUGAAGGCACAUCUAUGCAUUUAGGUUCAACACACAUUUCCUCGUCUUCAGACAGAUCUAAUGUAGGGCAGGAAUACAAGGGUGCCUUUGCUGAUGUGACACUUUGAGAAAUACAUUAGGCUUCAUUGUUUUCUUUAGCGAAUACCAUCCAAAAGUAGUCAGGGACACUGUGAAUGUGCCAUCUGGAAUCUCUCUUGAGCUGUGUUGACCACUUGGAUGUAAAAUCUUACUUAUCUGUGCACAUAGUAAGGAUACUAGAAGGCUUACCAAUGAUGUUCAAUACAAUCAAUUUUCAAUUUUGAAUUGCUUUAUAAAAAGCGCCAUCUAUCUGGUUUUUGUUUUGAUAUCCAUGAAUCGGGUUUAUAUGUCUGUCUUUGACAAAUGUUGUAGAUUCAUAAACAUACUGUGGUACACUUCAAUACUUAAUACAAUAGUUUCUGGUCAAACAACAUGAGGAUUUCUGUCAAAGAUGUUUUUAUAGAGAAUUGAAAUGUAAGAUGUAGCUGCAAUUUUUAAGAGAACCUGAAGUCAAGUACGAAAUGCAGGUUUGUGAAAUCUCAACACGGCAAGUGCUACAUCAGAAUCAGGGUCAGCUUUAUUGGCCAGGUACAGUAUGUGUACACAUACAAGGGAUGACUCCGGUCUCUCGUUGCUCUUAAUGUUACAUCAAGCGUAUACAAUAUCUUGGACCAUUUGCUUGAACCAAAUAGAGCUGCAGAAUCUAGCAUGUAUCAUGCCUCGCAGUAUUUCAUGUUGUUUGGAUUGCUUACUCAUCAGCCACAAGCUUUGUAAUCACGGAACCAAAGUGCUGCAACAUGGUGGUGUUACGACUUCAUUGCAGACAGACUGUGUUACUGUGAUGUGCAGAGGUAUGGAAGCAAAAUAAAUGGCAUAAGGAUUUAAAUCUUAAAGCAACUCAAUACCUAAUUGUGAAGUUUGAUUACUACUGAAUACAUAAUGUUGAAAUUUAAGCAUUGAAAUAUUUUACUUGUUUGAGCUAUUUAUCUAAAUUCAUGUGGUUUUAAUUCCCUAUCUGACAUUUCAAAAACUGAUUUGAUGGUUUUUAUAUGAAACUAUUUUCAAAUUCAGUUGGUCAUUUUGGAUCUAAAAAUCCAAGUCAAUUCAGGAUGAAAUAUUCAGUCUUGAAUAUUCAGUCAAUUCAGGCUACCAAGGUUGACAAACCAAGCCAGAAUGAAAUGAUCAGACCUCUGUUCUGCAGCAGUGACUCCCACCCACGACACUUUUUGGAUCAUGACGAUUGGUGUCAGUGAAGAGGUACCACUUGAGCUGUGAGGAUACAUCCGACAUGAAAGGUUGGGAAACUCUGUCAGCCAAUUUCACCAAAGAGAAAUUAGAAUUCAGUCAGUCAGAAUUUGAAGAAAUUAAUGAAAAAACAAAAUCCAGUUUUCAAAAUUGCUCAACUUGAAAUGACCUUCUGGAAACAUCAGAGAGGGGAAGUAAAACCAUAUAAAUUCAAAAAUAUUCUUGCCAAAGUAAAAUACUUGAAUUCUACAGUUUCAAUAUCUGAAUGUUAACAUUAAGUAUUCAGUAGUGGUUCACUUUAGAAUUAUGCAUUAAGUUGUGUACAAAAUUCAUAUUAUUACAGCCCAGUCUUACUACAUAGAAGGCCAUAUUUUCACUAGAAGUGAAAUAAUUCUGCAGGUGGGUGUACAGCAGCACACAGAUUGGUCCAUUCACAAUACUACUUCUUCCUAUUGUUAAUAUUAUGCAUCGCGCAAAUCUGCAAAUGUUAAUACGCUACAGCAUGUAUUUACAAGAUGAUGUAAAUAGUAGCAUGUUUUAAAGAGGAACCAUAAUUAUAUUGUGUAUGUGUGUUUGUGUUCUGUGUCAUUUUUGAUAAUAAAACAGAGUAAAAAAAAGAGUAUGCACUGACUGUCAAAGUGUAUGUAUUUUUGCUGAAUGGGACUGAAUGUAUGUCUUUCCACAUUAGGGUUCAUGGGCUCCUUUAACACGUGGAAUUAAAGCAGGGUUUCUCAUGUGUAAAAAUCGACUUAGUUUGUCACAAUGCCCGCAUGAUUGUCUGGUUUUCUGUCAUUGUUUGUAUGUGUCCUCUGUCCUAAAUUUAGUGUUACAGUAUGCUUGGGUUACAAGUCAUGUAAUUAUUCUUCAUUUCUGCUUGCACACAGUGUGUGUUGGUCGCUGACCAGAAAACUGUAUAUAUAUUUUUAAAAAAUAGAAGAAGAAGAAAAGGAGAAUAUUUGUCAGCUCCUUGAUUUUCUAUCUUAGUGAACCAUAAGUGUUUCCUUCAUUUAAUCCUGCCAGAUGGGUGUCAAGUCUUAGUUUAUUAAAUGUAGAAUCAGUGGGCAAAUUAAUCGACUUGUAGCCCCUUUUUCCUUCCAUACCUCAUUAAAUUGUACCAUGUCAUCUUAUUGCUUUUCAAAUAAACCUGCUCACAUAUGUCUGAUUAUACUUUUUACAGACAUAAGAAAUUAAUGAAGCCAGUAAUUUGCAUAGAAAUAGAUUAAUUAAUUAAUUUCACUGUAUAGUUUUUAAAAAAUAUUGUUUCUGUGCUGAAUUAGUCCUGUGAAAUGUUAUUACUGCAUCUUAUUGAUGCAGUACUCUGAAGUAGCUCCAGUCAACUAACUAAGCAAUUAAUAAUGUUUUCAUUACAAAUGUCACUUUCUCGAAUGAACACACAGUUUAACUAAUGGAUUGCAAUGGGAUGAGCUGGUGUUGUGUCACUUGUGCAUGCUCUGAGAUAUCGAUGCUGUGUCUAUCAAGCCAUUUGUAAUGUGGGGAUUUGUUUACCCUGUCACUGUCAUUUACUAUUAGAGAAACCUUUAUUUACACCAUACACUGCAUGAAGAUGAACAAUCCUAGUCUUCACAACAGUCCAUCUUUUAGAGUAUAAUGUAGCUAACUCUCUAUGUUCAAGGGCCUGAGAGAAAUACAUACCAGAAACAUUUUGCAUUUUUAAUAUCGAAUCUUUUCUGAAGACUCAAUUCCACAAUGUCAAAUUUAAGUUCAGAUCUCAUUGUGGAGGAGCAGAACAUUACACCCUUUUCUACAAUGUGUGUCAGGUCAGUCUGUCCUAGGGUCAUUUAAUUAACUCACUCUCAUGUAUGUAUAUGACCUGCCAUCAGAUUCUGUCUGCUUUUUUGUGUAUUUGCAGUAGGACCAAUAGAGCGUGUAUUUGUUUAUUGGUGUUAAUGGCCUAUAUUAUGUCACUUUUCUGCAAUGCAGGCAACAAAAUCCCCGUCUUCCUGGGUCUCACAAGCUAUCUUGAGCACAAAGCAGACCCAAAUAGUGCAAAACAACAUUCGCAAUGCAAUACUGCCAACCUGCUGCUUCAACAAUGGUUCCUCUUUAGUCCUCUUAUGUGAACAUAGCCAUGAUACAGGAUCCUAUGCCAUCAUAUUCACUUUCUGAGCAACAUAGACAAGGGAAAUGCUUGAACGCCUUUCUUGACUCCUCUUGUUUUUGUCUUGUUGUAGAGGUGUGUCAAUAGUUGUGCCUUUUUGUGAACUGCAUGAUUUAUUUCCGUACAAAAUCCAUGUUUUCCAGCAAAAUAGGGGAACAAAAAGACCAAAAGACUUGUACUCAUAUAUCACUCUAUGUAGAACUGAAGUACUCAAGGGAACCAAAAUAUGGGAUGUGUUCAGGACAUAUCUGUACGUUGUCAAAAUGUAAUCAUAGGAAAUAAAGGCAUUUUA